CGCCAUGCACCAUUCCGCUAAUGGCCGAGACAAUUGGGGGUCAACUCAUGCGUCCAAGCUAGUUAGAAGAAUAUAGAGGAGGAGAAGAAGGCACUAAUGAGAGGGUAGUUACCUGCACACACCUUUUGUAACAUCUACGGCUACACAGCAUAGCUGGCGGUUGGAGACGGUAACCUUUGCGCGUCGGUGGCUGGGCAGAGCUGCACGCAUUCAUUUGUGCGCCUGUUGACCCGGCUCCUCAUCAACCCAAUGAGCGCCGUGAAGGGGAGGCUCUCGUCGCCUCCGCGCGCCUCUCUUCCAUCUCCUCCUCACUUUUACAGUCGGCCGGCGAGCCUGUCGGAGCUCUCAACUAGACAACCCCGACACUGUCACUCCGCCUUGACAAACUGCAGGAAGGAUUUCUAGCCUCUCCGCGGGUCUUUCGCUUUUUUGUUGCUCGUUUUCCACCCGCCUCUAGUUAAACGCAUUGGACUUGCUUUUUUUCAUUUUUUUUUUUUUGGUGCCUAUUUUCGGAGGAACGGUGAAACGAUGCAGCAGCGGGGAAGGAUGCAAGUCUCACCGGUCGCCCCCUCGGAAUAACAGCCAAAGGGAGGCUGCGCUGCGCUCCUCAAGCCCUCACCAACUGCGAUGGAGGCAUGCCAAGCCCUGCAAGUGACCUUUAUUGCACCAUGAAUGCAAGCUCCGCCGCUCAAAGAAGACACAAGUAACCUUUUCCUUAUUAUCGAAGAAGGAGCCGUCGAUCUGAAGCGAAAAGCUGGGAACUAGAGGCCAAGACCGAGAGAGCGAGAGAGAGAGAGAGAGAGAGAAGAGUAGAGUCCUAUCAAACAAACAAACAAAACAACCCAAACACACAAGGACAGGAUGCCAAAGCGGUCCGAGGAGAUGCUGGUGGAUCUGUGGAUGUCCUUCCUACUGGUGUGGAUUACGUGUGUUCCAUGUGUGUCCAUGACUCCCAUCGUAGGCCAGUCCAAAAGCACACAAACUGGAGGGUCCGCAGCGGAGGCGAGCGGUCCUGCCGAAGGACAAAGAUUACUGAGCCGCGCCAAGAGAGGAUGGGUUUGGAAUCAAAUGUUUGUGCUGGAGGAAUUUUCUGGACCCGAUCCAAUUCUGGUUGGCAGGCUCCACACAGACUUGGAUGUUGGCGGCAAAAACAUCAAGUACGUGUUGGCGGGCGAGGGCGCCGGCACCAUCUUCGCCAUCAACGAGCUGACGGGCGACAUCCACGCCAUGAAGAGGCUGGACCGCGAGGAGAAGGCCGAGUACACGCUGACGGCGCAGGUGGUCAACGCCGACACGGACGAGCCCUUGGAGCCGCCGUCCGAGUUCAUCAUCAAGGUCCAGGACAUUAACGACAACCCGCCGCAGUUCAACGAAGGCCCUUACCGGGCCUCUGUUCCUGAGAUGUCUGCUGUGGGUACCCCGGUUACCCGGGUAACAGCAACAGAUGCCGAUGAUCCGGUGUACGGGAACAGCGCUAAACUGGUCUACAGCAUACUGGAGGGGCAACCGUAUUUCUCUGUAGAACCCAACUCCGGGACCAUAAAAAUUGCUCUCCAUGGGAUGGAUAGAGAGAUGAGAGAGGAGUACCUGGUGGUCAUUCAGGCUAAGGACAUGGGAGGACACAUGGGCGGCCUGUCUGGGACCACGACUGUCACCGUCACGCUGAUGGACAUCAACGACAAUCCACCAAAGUUCUCCAAAAGUUUGUAUGAGUUUGUGAUCCCAGAAGAUCUACCGGUAGGGAAAAUGGGCGGCAAGGUGAAAGCAAAUGACAGAGACAUCGGCGAGAAUUCCAAGUCAACGUACAGCAUCAUCGAGGGCGAUGACCAAGGCAUGUUCGAGAUCGUCACAGACGGCCAAACACAAGAGGGGAUUCUUCGACUGAAGAAGCCAAUCGACUACGAGAGCAAGAGAGCCUACACCCUGAGAGUGGAGGCCACCAACGUGCGCUCCGAGCCCAGCGGCGGCGGGCCCUUCAAAGACACGGCUACAGUAAAGGUUGUGGUGGAGGACUCGGACGAACCGCCGGUUUUCCUCAAACCCGUGUACGUGCUGGAAGUGAACGAGAACGCCCCCGUCAACACAGUCAUAGGGACGGUCACAGCCAGGGAUCCGGACUCUACUGGGAGCCUUGUCAGGUAUUUCAUCGAUCGGCACACGGACCUGGAGAGGCAGUUCAACAUCAACGUGGACGACGGGAAGAUCACGCUGGCCAAACCGCUGGACCGCGAGACGGACAUGUGGCACAACAUCACGGUGACCGCCACCGAAGUCAGAAACCACAGUCAGAUAUCCAGAGCAAUUGUGGCCAUCAGAGUGAUGGACAUUAAUGACAAUGCCCCUGAAUUUGCCACAGAAUACGAGGCCUUCUUGUGUGAAAAUGGAAAACCUGGACAGGUGAUCCAGACUGUCAGCGCGGUGGACAAAGACGACCCAAUCCAGGGCCACUACUUUGACUAUCGUCUCGUCCCGGAGAUGCUCAACAACCCCAAUUUCACCAUCAAGAACAACCAAGACAAUUCAAUCAGUGUUUUGGCCAAGCACGAUACUUUCCGGCGACAGAAGCAGGAGAUGUACUUUCUGCCAAUCAUUGUGACGGACAACGGCAACCCACCCAUGAGCAGCACCAACACCUUGACCAUUCGAGUGUGCGGGUGCAGUAAGGACGGCAUUGUCCAGUCCUGCAACGUGGAGGCCUACGUCUUACCCAUUGGUCUUAGCAUGGGGGCUCUCAUUGCCAUCCUGGCCUGCAUUAUACUGCUGUUAGUAAUAGUAGUGCUUUUUGUGACCCUGAGGAGACACAAGAAUGAGCCUCUGAUUAUUAAGGAUGACGAGGAUGUCAGGGAGAACAUUAUCCGCUACGAUGACGAAGGAGGUGGCGAGGAGGACACGGAGGCCUUCGACAUCGCCACGCUGCAGAACCCGGACGGCAUCAACGGUUACCUGCCGCGCAAGGACAUCAAGCCCGACUUGCAGUUCAUGCCUCGUGCAGGCCAGCACUCGGGCCCGAACGGCGUGGAUGUGGACGAAUUCAUCAAUGUGCGGCUCCACGAGGCUGACAAUGAUCCCACGGCUCCGCCUUAUGACUCCAUCCAGAUCUACGGCUACGAGGGUCGGGGAUCCAUGGCCGGCUCCCUCAGCUCGCUGGAGACAGCAUCGUCGGACUCGGACCAGAACUAUGACUAUCUCAGGGAGUGGGGCCCGCGCUUUAGAAGACUUGGGGAGCUCUACUCUGUGGGCGAGAGCGACCGCGAGACCUGACCUUUGGUUUGUUAGGAAAAAAAAAGACCUUUCCGAUUUCUUUUACGUCCACAUACUUGUGUAUCAAACGCUAGGGGGUUUGCUGGCUUUUAGAAACAGGUGUUUGAAAAAGAAAAAAAAAAAUCUCCUUUUUGUAUUCUUGUUAGAGUAAGGUAUAGCAAUCGCCAUCCACUACGUCGAGCGCAUUGUAAUUGUUGAGCCGAACAAUGUCUUUCCUAGGAGAUCUAUGAUUCUUGUGGAGUGUAUCUUAGAUUUCGUUGUGGAGUGUCUAGCAGUGUUUUGGGUGUUAGUCAUUUGCUGUGACUGCCGGUUGAGGAAAAACCCUGGGAUCGCUGGUGGUUGCCCGAUGAAAGGAACUCACGGAUAACGCUGGGUUCUCUGAAGCUUGAGCAGACACUCCAUGCUCCCUGGACAGCAACGCUGGACCUCAGGAGCUACAGAGGGACUCGCGUCUCCUUAAACCCACCCAGCCGAUCGGUGUUGUGAGACGAAAUGACGAUGAAAAAGCAAUAUAUGGUCUACAUUAAAAUGAUGAAUGUAUGUGUGAUUUGAAAAAAAAAAAAAAAAAAAGCAAAAAGACAAA